AUGGUGUCGAUCAGAGUUGGCAACCCUAGUCACGACUUUGUCUCAGCCCUCAGGAUAUUGCCAUCGGAUGAACACCAGUUGGUCGCUGUGGCGGCCCGUGACCUGAAAUCGGCCCAAGAGUUUGCACGCAUUCACGGCAUACCCAAAGCGUACGGCACGUACGACGAGUUGGUCGGGGACCCAGACGUCGAGGUGGUAUACGUGGGCGUCAUUAACCCACACCACUUGGCAACUGUCAAACUGGUGCUAUCGCACGGCAAACACGUGUUGGUAGAAAAGCCCCUAACACUCAACGAGAAGGGCAGUCAGGAGCUGAUGGCGAUCGCCCGGCGCCACAACCUGUUCCUGAUGGAGGCCCUGUGGUCCAGAUUUUUGCCCUCGUACGAUUUUGUGAUGAACGCCAUUAAAACGGGUGCGAUUGGCCAGGUUUAUCACGUUGACGUGACUUUUGGUAAGGCUGUGGCGGACGAGGCCAAACUGGCCCGGAAGGCUCUAGGUGGUGGCACGUUUAUGGAUAUCGGUAUAUACACACUGAAUGUUGUGCUCAUGGCUUUUGGUGAUGAGCAGCCCCUGGAGGUGAAAGCUGUGGGCCAUUUGAACCAAUACGGAGUGGAUGAGAGCGUGUCGGCGGUGUUUAAGUAUAGCGACGGCCGUACGGCCAACAUAGCGACCAGCGCUCGGGUGAACCUGUCCUGUGAGGCGCAUAUUGUCGGCACCAAAGGCACGAUCAAGAUACCGUUCCCGUUCUGGUGCGCCGACAAAGUCUACUUAAACGACGUGUUGCAUGAGUUUGCGUUCCCGCCGGCGGCCGAAGUGUGCAAUUUUGUCAACAGCUCUGGUCUACGACACGAGGCCGUAGAGGUUCGCCGGUGUCUGACCUCAGGUCGCACUGAGAGUGAGGUUAUGCCACACGAGGCGUCCCGAGGGUUGGCCCGACUUAUGGAUGAGAUUAGACGACAGGUGGGCGUCAAGUAUGAUGUGGACGAUUAGUGUG